UCCACCAAUGAGGAGACUGCAAAAACAAUAUUAGCUUUGCAACAGCGGCGAAAACCCCGAUGUGACCGGGCGUUGAUUACACUCCUGGGUCAUCAGGUGUAAUUUGCGAAACUUGUUUUUCACAUUUCUUGCGGUAAAUCAGUCGCUAAAGUUGCGGGUUUGCGGCUCGCGGCGGCGCUAACUUGUGGGAUUAGUUCGCAUGCAGCCCGACAGCGGAGGGUGACAGCGGUGGGAUGGGCUGUGAGGUGUUCAAGAUGGCGGCGCCCUGUGGAGUGCAGCUUCUCUAACAGAGGUGCCUGGAGACUGUAUCGGAGGGUGGGCCCAGGAGUCCUCCAGGCAGGCAGGGACUGACACCUUGACAGAGAGACACUGCCUCCACCUCCUGCACUGCCACCGCCACCAUGGCCAGGGAGCAGCCCAAUGUGGGGGACCUCCUCCCACUCCUGGAGACCUCCGACCUCCACCAGCUAGAAGAGAUCCGAGGCCUUAUCAAUGAGCAGCUCAGCACCGAGCGAGGGUCCAUGCUGCUGAACAGCCUGGUGGACUACUUUCUGGAAACUAAUUCUACCCAGGCCAUGCAUAUCCUCUCCUCAGUCAGAGAGCCACAUGAUAAGCACCUUCUGGACAAGAUGAACGAGUGCAUGACCAAGCAGGCCUGCCGUCUGCCCACCCUCACCCUGCUCGGCCAUGUAAUCCGCAAGCAGCCGUCCUGGAUCCACAAGAUUGCCCGAUACCCCCUGCUGCUCUCGCUGCUCAAAUGCCUCAAGACGGAUACGGACGUAGUGGUGCUGAUAACCGGAGUACUGGUACUGAUCACUCUGCUGCCCAUGAUCCCUCAAGCGGGGAAACAACACCUGUGGGAGUAUUUUGACAUCUUCGGCCGCCUGGCAUCCUGGAACCUUAAGAACCCUGGGCAUAUUUCGGAGGUUUAUCUAAUCCAUCUGCACGCCAGCGUCUAUUCCCUCUUCCACCGCCUCUACGGCAUGUACCCGUGCAACUUUGUGUCCUACCUGCGGUCCCACUACAGCAUGAAGGAGAACAUGGAAACAUUUGAGGAGGUGGUAAAGCCGAUGCUUGAACACGUUCGUAUACAUCCUGAACUGGUGACUGGAACAAAGGACCAUGAGCUUGAUCCCACAAGGUGGAAAAAGUAUGAAAUCCAUGAUAUCGUCAUCGAAUGUGCCAAAGUGUCUCUAGACCCCAAGGAGGCCUCCUGUGAGGAGGGUUACGCCACCAUGCCUGAGAGCUUUUACCCCCAAAUCCACAUGCGACCACAAGACUGCACUUCCAGCCCCUACACAGACCUCCACAGCAGCUACGGAAGCUCUUCUUCGACCCCAUUCUCAACUCCACGGCAGCCGCUACCCCCGCCCCUGUCCUUGCCCCCCUUCUCAGGGACACAGCCCUCCUACCGCAGCCCACAGACCUCCAGACGCCAGAACUCGACCUGUGAACUCAACUCUUCCUGCGGGGGGAAGGACCCUCUGUGGAGCCCCUCCUCGUUGUGUGGCAUGGCCACUCCCCCUUCCUCCAGGGGCAUGUCGCCCAACUCGGAGCUCUCCCACAGUGCCUCACACCUUCCCAGCCGCUUCCACUGCACAUCAGGAGGGAAAGGAACCCCUGCCUCAAGCACUCCAGCCACCUCCUCCCCACCACCCACCCUAUCAGAUGACUUUCCCAUAAUCUCAUUACCAGCCAGCACAGUCCAGUCCAGUCCCCCAAGAAAGGAUCGUCGACAAGGAGAGAGCAGUAAACCCACACUGGUGCGUCAGGAGCCAGUGAAAGACACAGAGAAGAGUUCAGAGAUACCAACAAAUCGAGAUGCAGGAGCUGCUGAGAAUGUCUCCAUGACUUUAACAGAGCUGUCGGUCUUCAUGAAGAAACAGGAGCUGGAGCUUCAGCUGAGAACAGAGAAGGAGAGGGAAGAAGCUGCCAUCACAGAGGAGCUGCUGAAGAUCACUGAAGACACACAGGAGCUGCAGGGCCCGAGGGGCUUCGACUCCCCUUUCUAUCACACCACUGAGACUCUGACUGGCUGUCAGGCACAAGACAAGACCCACUCCAACGCCCAGCCUGAAGGCCCCAUCCGCGGCCCCCAGUAUGUUGUGUCAACACCAGACAAAGCGGAGAACACGGCAAGCACCAGCGGCGUUGGCAGUGAAAGAGGAGGUGGCGGAGCAGGAGGAGACAGCAGGAGUUCAGCCCUCGGCCUCGAGCAGUCCUGGUCUUUCCAGUCCUGUUUCACCCCGAUCGAUCACCACCUGCACCGGAGUCCCUCCGCCCCAGACGACGAGGUGGGCAGGUUCGGGAUGUUCUCCCCGAGCCCGUGCAGCAAGACGCCAGCCCCGGUGCCCUACGAGUCGUUUUUCGAUCUGGCUCUGCCCAGGGCGGCUUCGCUCUUCGUGGGCCAGAAGACGUCGGAGGCGGUGCACAAGGCGGCGAUGGAGAAGCUGUUACAGCAAGAGGAGGGGUUGGAGGACGGGGAGGAGGAAGGGGUAGUGACUGCUUCACCACUGGAGGUGCUGGAUCGCCUAGUUCAGCAGGGGAGCGAUGUCCACGAUAAAGUUCUUAAGAGAUUACCUUUGCCAAGUAAGUCAGCUGACUGGACGCACUUUGGAGGCUCUGCUCCGCUGGACGAGCUUCACACGCUGCGCAGCCAGCUGCUCCUGCUGCACAACCAGCUGCUGUACGAGCGCUACAAGAGGGAGCAGCACGCCGUCCGCAACCGACGCCUCCUCCGACGCAUCAUCAACGCCACUGCACUGGAGGAGCAGAACAAUGCUAUGAAGGACCAGCUGAACCUGCAGAGUGUGGACAUCUUGUCUCUGAGGGAGAGUCUGCAGGUGGAGCAGCAACGGUACAGGCAGCUGUGGGAUGACAGGGAGACUGUGGUGACCAGGCUCCACAGUCAGAUCAGGCAGCUGCAGCAGGGCCGAGACGACUACUACACCAAGAAUCAGGAGCUCCAGAGUAAGGUGCAGGAGUGUCAGAAAAGGAUGGAUGAACUGGAGGCAGAGCUUCAGAGAGCCAACAACAAAGUGUGCCACACCGGUCACCUCCUCAACCAGACAACCAUCAAGCUGAGCAACAGCGAGAGCACCCAGCAGCAGAUGAGCUUCCUGAACAAGCAGCUGCUGCUCCUCGGGGAGGCACAUAAGCUGUCCAUGCAGGAGUUACACCACGGCGGCGGCGAUAAUGCAAAGGAGGCCCGGAUGCUGCAGGCGUCUUACGGGAAAGAGGUGGAGACGCUGAGGCAGAGUUUGUUGGUUCAGGGUCAGAAGAUGGAGGCGGCGCAACAGAGAGUCGGCGAGCUGGAGACGCACCUCUCCAAGAAGGAACACCUCAUCGCCGAGCAGAAGAAGUUCCUCGAGGAUGUGAAAUGUCAGGCAAAGUCGGAGCUGCAGGCCUCAGACAGCAGACAUUCGGCUCAGAGGAGAAUCACUCAGCUGCUGCAGACCGAACUCCUGCAGCUCUACAGCCGAGUGGAGAUGGAAGCUCCAGCCAGCACUGCUGCCAGCUCGCCACCAGGGGGCAGAGCUGACCCACACACUCUUGCUGACACCAGUGUCCUGGUGCCAGAUGGACCAAGUAAAAGUCACACGAACGAGGAGGCGGCCAGUAAAACACCGCACGACUCCCCUCGGGGCAACGGCAGCACUUUAUCGCCAGGGCAACCAAAGGCGAGCCACUCUUCCAAGUCAUCAGCCAACUCCAUCAAUGGCAGCCAGGACCUGGCCCCGCCCCUGCUGGUGGAGCCCUCGCUGUCCUGUCCCCACGUCAACCCGCUUGCACCCCUGCCCCCCGCCAACGCGCCUCUCACUGUGGGCUCCUACCCCAGUGCCAAGAGCUUCCUGGGCAUGAGGGCGCGCGAGCUGUUCCGCAACAAGAGCGAGAGCCAGUGCGACGAGGAGCAGCCGCCGCCUCCGCGCCUUGCGGGCCUCGCCCACAGUCUGAAGACUGAGAUGUGUGUGGAGCCACCCUGCCCAGAUUAUAUUGCCCCCGUCAACCCUGCUCCCUCCCCCAUUCCGGCUCCUCCUCCAAUGCCAGCUCCUGCCACCCCGCUCACGGUGCCCACCGUGCCCACCAAGGAGCCCCCAUCUGAGCCCAAGCAGCGGGCCUCCAGCCAGGAAAGCCCCCGCAAGAAGGCAGGGGCCGGGCCCGGUGUAGGGCGGGUUCAGGCAGGGUCAGGGCGCCCCCGGCAACAGCAUCUAAAGAUCAUGGACUACAAUGAAACACAUCACGAGCACAGUUAAGAGACAUAGAACUGAGCCGGGAUGGAAAGCGGAUGAGGACGGACUUAAGUUUGAAAAUGGAGAAGAGCUACAAAAUCAGCAAGAGUAACAUGUCUGCUACUCUCCACAAUUCAGUGUUAUUUGAUCCAUUCCUCUGAGUGGACAGCAGGAUUCCCCCAGCGUUUCUUUUUCUUUUUUAUUUAUACUGAUUCAUUCCCCUGAAGAAUGUUUGUUUGAGGAGGAGACAGGAAUACUGAGUUGCAAUGUUACCAGUGAGGAUGCUAAACUUAUGAGUUUGAUCAUGAGACAAAGACGAACACGAUGUGACACUAUAAGUCUGAGAUUUAACGAUCAACCAAAUUAGAAACUUUUCCAAAUUGGCUCCAGUUGUGUCGAUAUGUCCAUAUUUUGAGAAAUCUGCGUCAGUUUUCUCCCUUCAUCCCGAAACGAUGGAGGUGAAACAUUUAAUUUCUAACACUCUGCAGCAGUUUGUCUCGAAACAGCCUCCUAGUUACUCUGGUUAGUCCUCAGACCUCACAGCGAACAGCAUUCAGAGUUCUGUGGAUUAUCCGGAGUGACGGGGAAACUGUUUUCAGAAACACACUUUGCUGUAAUCAUUUUUAGGAUUUUGUUUCAAUGCUGUGAGGACGACAAACAAAGUUCCAUUCACCUCUGUUGUCACAUUUAUCGGAUACAGAAUCCUCAGAGACGGUAUCUAAAAAAUUGGACCAAUAAAACCGAAAUCCUCUGCUGUUGUCAAAUACAACUGCAGGAUUUUCAAAAUACAAACCUUAAAUCACACAUGAAAUAUUGUUACAUUUUCCUCGAUCUUUGGAUUGACGACAGACUUGAUUCGUGUUUGUUUUUUUUGCGAGUGUUACAGCGGAGCGAUGGAAGCGAUCGGUGCGUGUGUGUGAGUGUGUGUGUGUGUGUGUGUUACUCGGGGAAACCUUGAACUGUGACGUCGUUGCUGCUGGACCACCUUAACUUUUUUUUGCUAAACUACGUCGAAGUGUGUUUUGUUUUGCGAGCGUGCGUGCGAGGUUGCAGGUAACGGCGUCGUGUUGAUUCUCCUGUGUCGGAAAAGAUGAGGAAAGUGAACGAAAUGAAGGAACUGAUGAAAUUUUAUGCUUUUUUUUUUUAAGAAUUCCAAAUUGUGUUGUACCUUUUUACUUUUUAUUCCGCCACCCAAGAGGUGUGCCCACCACUACAUAUCCGAAAUUUGAACGAGACCAGAGACGCUACACAAACCCAAGCUCCAAAUAUAAAGGUUUUCUCUGGUAAAGAUGGCGAGAAAACAUUUGUAAUCUGACUGGAUUCAAAUAUCUCCAAACAACAGUGUUGAGACUGAGACAAACACAGUUUAAGUAUCAGACCUAAACUCCCUCUUUUCAAAGUCGUCUAAAUCCUGUUGUCCACCGGGAGCUCCUGCUGUCAUUUCCUUCUGCCUCGCUAUCUAAAGCAUGUUCAACAAUCCACUUUAAACGCCAACCGUAGUAACAACAGCAAAUCAAGACAGAAGGUACAAUCAGCACAAACUGAAGAAACCAGGACUCUGACCGGAGCCAGGGAACCUGGGACAAAAACGGCAAAAAAGGAAGUUCUUAAAGCAGUGGCUUGUGUUUAACUGUGAACAAUAAAGAUCGUCUUCAAUGUUUUGCACUACAA